AUGCGUCGCUACACCUCUUCCCUAGCGCCACUACUCACAGCAAGGCACGCCGUUAUUGCAAAACGAGCCGCUUCCAUUGCAUCCACGGCAAACCUGCGAGCUGCUGCAGUACGUUCCCGCGCAGCAAGGCACACCGUUGUUGCAAAACGAUCCAUUGCCAUUACAGGCACGGCAAACUUGAGAACUGCUGCAGUACGUUCCCGCACAGCACGGAACGCCAUUGUUGCAAAACGACCCAUUUCCAUUACAGGCGCGGCAGACCUGCGAACUGCUACAAAACGUGCCCGCGCAGCAGGGGACUCCGUUGUUGCAAAAGGACCCGUUGCCGUUGCAUCCGCGGCACACUUGGGAGGAGCUGCAGUAUGUUCCCGCACAGCAAGGUACGCCAUUGUUGCAAAAGGCACCGUUGCCGUUGCAUCGCUUCUCGACGUCCCUGUUGCUGAGAAGUUCAGGGACGGCUGGGGCUGGGCUGGCGAGGCCGGAGCCGAGGAGGAUAGCUCCGAGAAUGAGCUGGAUCGUGAGCAUUUUCUUGUGUCUUUAUGUGAGUGA